AUUUGAUGUAAUUUAUAAGAGCUACCGGGAGGGGUGAAGCGAAGUGGUUUGAUUGGCUAAAAGCUGAGUCCGAUCGAACAGCCAAUAGGAAAGCGAAAAGCAGACUCUUCGUUUGCAUCUUGUACUACGAGGAAAUGACGGCCUUGAAGCUCAGACCCAUAUACGUGACUGCUGACUGGAUACUUCAACCUGUUUGUCCCAAUAACUCGACCUAUCCAAAAGCAAACUCAUCCAAACACCUCCCCCCCCCGCCCUUUGCUCUCUUUACCUGAAUGGCACCAACAAUAUUCCAGGUUCAGAGCCUCCCACGACCUCACGAGUCGGGGGAAGUAGAGACUACAGUUCCCGAGAACCCUCAGGACACCACGUGGUGGCGGCCCGGUCUAUCGCGUAGCGAGGACUCCAUUUCCCAGCGUGCCUCAGGACGCGAAGUCUACGUUUCGCCAGGAACUUCAGGAGUCCGGCCCUGAAUGGGAGCUGCGGUAGCGAAGACUGAGUGCAAGCUGAUGCUGAGUGGGCAGCUGGUCGGAAGCCUGUUCUCCAUGGCUGGCCGCGUCUGUGUGUCCCGGGGCAGCGCCAGAUCAGGGGCCAUCGGUCCCGUCGAGGCCGCCAUUCGCACAAAGUUGGAGCAGGCGCUGAACCCCGAGGUCCUGGAGCUGCGUAAUGAGAGCGGCGGCCACGCGGUCCCACCAGGCAGUGAAACCCAUUUCCGCGUGGCCGUGGUGAGCUCUCGUUUCGAGGGACUGAGCCCCCUGCAACGGCAUCGGCUGGUCCACGCGGCGCUGUCAGAAGAACUGGCUGGGCCGGUCCACGCCCUGGCCAUACAAGCGCGGACCCCCGCCCAGUGGAGGGAGAACCCUCAACUGGACACGAGCCCCCCCUGCCUGGGCGGGAGCAAGAAAACUCGAGGAACUCCCUGAACCCUGAGAGAGAGGGAGGACCGGGAUCGAAACGGGUUGGGUGAGAAUAAACUACUGGGACCUUCUUCCCUUCAA